AAUCGUCUUCUUCUCGCAGCUGGCUACUUGUCUUUAGAACUCCUUUUUCGGGGGCUGAAAGCGAAACCUGUUAUUGGAAUCGCUCUCGCUAAUUAGAAUCACCUACAGUCUCUUGUAGGGGUUUCCAAGACGAGGCAAAAUGAGAUUGGUCAAGUGUUGGUUUUGCUCGUCCACAAUAUAUCCUGGACAUGGUAUUCAGUUUGUCCGCAAUGAUGCCAAGAUUUUCCGGUUCUGUAGGUCGAAAUGUCACAAGAACUUCAAGAUGAAGAGAAACCCACGUAAAGUAAAAUGGACUAAAGCAUUCAGAGCUGCACAUGGAAAGGACAUGACUAAGGAUACAACAUUUGAGUUUGAGAAGAAGAGAAACAGACCUGAGAGAUAUGACAGGAACUUAACAGAGAAUACCCUCAAGGCUAUUAAGAAGAUAGAUAAGAUCAGAAGCGCUAGAGAGGCCAAACAUAUUGAAGACAGGUUGAAGCCAAACAAACAGAAGCAAUUUGCUAAGGAUAAAUAUGAGCUAGAUCAGAAUAUUCAUUUGGUCCUGGCUCCCGGAGCUUCAGAGAAGGUCAAAGUUGUUGUUCCCGGAGAGAAGUCUGUUCAAAACGAAGCCAUGGAAGAGUGAUUCUGUGGAGACGUUAUGAUCCAUUUAAAAGCUACUCACUUACUCUGAAGCUGGUGUCAUCUUAAAAAGCCUUACUUUAGUCUCUCUCUUACCAUGAGUUUUGUUUAUGUCUUCAAGAAAGAAAGUUUUGGUUUUUGUCCUGAUAAAAUUACUUUAAGUUGCUUUCUUUUGCAAUGUAUUAUUAUUACUUUCUGAUAGAAAACAAACAGAGUCUAGAGUAAUAUUAUGUUUUGUCUU